UGGUCUUUCUCGUCUGCUUCGCGAUACCCUACCUAACCUCACAGUUGUCACAGUACCGUAUGCUGUUUGUAUUUGACAGACAGUAGCGCGCACCGAUUUGUAUAUUUCCACGACGUAUGGCAUAUUGUGAAUCUUAGAUUUAAAUUACUUUCUGCCCAGUCGUUAAAUUCACACACAUAGAAUGGCACCACAAUUGAAGAUAUCAUCAAACGUAAUCGAGCGAUUAAACAAUGUGGACUAUGCUUGUACUGGCCGGCUAUAUGGAGUUGUUUACGAAAAUACUCUAAUGGUUUUAACAUUUACCCUGGAUUCUAAGAAUGGCAGUGACGAGACUAAUACAAGUCACGUAUAUCUACAGUUGAAUAUGCCCGCUGAAAUUGAUCUCUGUGGCGUACUUUCCAUUGGGGGCAGUGAACAAGCCAUACUCUAUGCUUUGAAGGACAUCGAUGUCACCGACAACCCCCUGCUCUUGAACUGUGGAAUCAGAGGCACAGAACUGCAAUCGUACUUUUAUAUUCACCAGAAAUUAGAGAAGGCUGGGAGUCUGGAAGUCCUUAAUGAACUUGAUAUUUGGCAACGAUUUGCAUACAUUAGACUAGAAACUAGUUUCCCAAUUGUAACAAGGAAAGAUGGCCUUUUAGACGCUAUUCAACAAGCCAGGAAAAAUAUUGCAUCAGGUAAGGUGGGCUUUUGUUUACCAAAAAACAACGUCUACCUCUUGGGUGGAGAAAUUGACGCCAAGGAUUCAUCGCUUGAAUUUUUGCAAGCUCCAACUGCUUCCCUGUACGAAGGUAUUGGCAACACCAAGGACAUCCUGAAGCGUGUUCCUGAAAUAGUUGACGCCAUUUCUGCAGAUAUGUUCAUAAUAUCAACAAAAGAUGGAGUACUAGAGGGAGGUAUCAAGUGCGCCCCUGUGUUGCAACAUGUUAAACAAUCGUUUGAAUGUCUCGAUUUUCACCUGAAAAUAGAUGCAUUGUCUUUAGUCAGUCUUAAUAUAGGAAUGGCCCAGCUUUAUGCAGUCCUGGUCGAAUCUGUGUGUCGUAAUUUAAAGCUGACUGAGCAAACUCUGAGUAAGCAGUUUGCCAAGGAUGGGGCUGUCUUCAAAUUGCCUGGAUCAAUACAUUUCAAACCACGGGGGUGUGGGCAUCUUUUUACAAUUAACUAUCCAGCUGGGUUUUCUGAUGCUGACAUGUCCUGGUACCGUAAGAGUUUACACACAGCCCUUGCCCUAGACAUGACCAAGCCAUCUUUCCGUAAAGGAAAUGCCCUCAAGUUCCGAAAUGAUAUAGACUUGAACGCACCUCUUCUGAAUCCACAUGAAGCAAUUCAAAACUCAGGAGUCGCAGGUGGAAAGCCUAGCUUAGUUGACGGCCUUUACUCCUAUCAUCACUAUAUGCAAGAUCAUUUUGAUGACAAUGGCUGGGGAUGUGCGUACAGAUCUCUUCAAACUAUCAUUUCCUGGUACAUAUUAAAUGGCUACACUGAAAAGUCAAUACCAAGUCACCGAGAGAUACAAAGAAUUUUAGUAGAUAUCGGUGAUAAGCCAUCCAGUUUUAUCGGAAGUAAACAAUGGAUUGGCUCGACAGAAGUUGGAUUUGUGCUGGAGACCCUAUUAGGUGUCACCAUAAAAGUACUAUGUGCCUCAACUGGUCAGGAAAUGUCCAGUCUUGCCUCUUCUUUAGCAUAUCAUUUUCAAACACAAGGAACUCCUGUUAUGAUCGGUGGUGGUGUGUUGGCUCACACAAUCUUGGGCAUAGACUACAAUGAGAAUUCGGGAGAUGUGAAGUUUUUGAUUCUUGAUCCUCACUAUACGGGCGGAGAAAAUUUAACAACAAUUAUUACCAAAGGCUGGUGUGGAUGGAAGAAUCAAGAUUUCUGGAAAAAAGAUGCAUUUUACAACAUGUGUCUACCACAACGACCGAUAUGUAUAUAAUGUUCUUAUGUGAAAGAGGCGUAUAAAUAUUCGUUAUAUUUU